AGCUUAUGACAUAUUAAGUGUUACUGGGUCAUUGUAACAUAGUUGGUGUGAACUGGUGUUAAAUUAAAGGGCGCGUGUAGUAUGGAAAAAAGUUAAGCAUGUAUUCGCCUGUGUUUCCAUUAGAAAGCAAGGAUUUCAGAAUGUGUUGUUGAUGGCUUUUUUGAUGCUGGGCUUUAGUAAAUGGUUAAAUGUGAGAUUAUUAUACAUUUUUAAUUAUACUGAAUAUUAUUGAUUAUAUUAUUGAUUUGAAAGUUAUUAAUUUUGAAAGUUAUUAUUUUAAUUGUUGAUACAAAUCUGCUAAACAAAAAGACUGUUCCAGGUUUUCAUCCCAGCAUCAUUUCUUCUAAAAGAGUAGCUAUAAGAGAGGACAGACCUGGUGGACAAAAGACAAAGUUAAAAACUUAUUUAAAGAGUAUCACUUUGAAUGCCACAGACUGAAGGACACCACGGUUGACCCAUCUGAGUUUCGAAACCCAUUUAUCAGUCAUCACAAAUAUGAAAAACAUCAAAUAGCAUUACAUCACUGUACAGACCCUUACAGUGGAAUUAAACCACUGUGCUUUCAAGAGAACUAUAUCCGAGGCUAUUGCCGUCGGAUCUGAGAGUUUACAGUCAUGUCUCCGUUCCUGAGGAUUGGUUUUUCGAGUUUUGUGAUGGACCCAGGGCUUGCCUACCAUGAAGAAGUACUCAAUCCAUACUGCGCUGUCUACAUGAAAGAAGCAGUGGAGACUGAAAAGGGUCAGGUGUACAAACAGAAGCGGCCCACCAUGUAUCCCCCCUGGAGCAGCACAUUUGAUGCUCACGUCCACAGAGGACGAGUAAUGCAUGUGGUGGUCAAGGACAAGACGGCUGAGCUAAAGGCAGAGGCUACUGUUCAACUCGACACCCUCGCGUCACGUUGUAAGAAAGAGAACGGCAAACUGGAGAUCUGGGUUGAACUGAAGCCACAGGGUCGCUUAUUGAUGGAAGCGCACUAUUUUUUGGAGAGGAGUGAUGCUGCAGGUCACGGCGAAGGAGGUGGAGAGACCGAACGGGAAAAAGAAGGGGUGUUCGCACUGCAUCACAGACGGGGAGCCAUCAAACAGGCUAAAGUUCAUGUGGUCAAAUGUCACGAGUUUACUGCCACAUUUUUCCCUCAGCCGACCUUCUGUUCAGUCUGCAAGGAGUUCGUCUGGGGCCUGAAUAAACAGGGAUAUCAGUGUCGGCAAUGCAAUGCUGCCAUUCAUAAAAAGUGUAUUGACAAAGUCAUCGCCAAAUGCACAGGGUCAGCAAUAAACAGUAAAGAAACCAUGAUCCAUAAGGAACGUUUUAAGAUUGACAUGCCUCACAGGUUUAAAGUGUAUAACUACAUGAGCCCGACAUUCUGUGAGCACUGUGGAACCUUGUUGUGGGGUCUUGCUCGGCAGGGCCUUAAAUGUGAAGAGUGUGGCAUGAAUGUUCACCAUAAAUGUCAGAAGAAGGUAGCAAACCUUUGUGGGGUCAACCAGAAGUUAAUGGCAGAGGCCCUGGCUAUGAUUGAGAGCACUCAACAGUCUCGCAGCUCGCGGGAUAGUGAGGUUGUUGGUCGAGAGGGUCCAGUGGGUGUAAAUCAGUCAGGGGUCACUAGAGAGCCUUCAGAUCACUUACCAAUUUCACCCCUCGCGCCUGCACCCCCUCUACCACGCAAAGAGCAUCAAGGUAUUUCAUGGGACACUCCGGCUGAGGGCCGCAGGCCAAGUCUUGAACAGCCUGAGUCAGUGUACUCCACCCCACGCAAAGAGCUUCACAAAUUCAACCUAGAUAAUUUCACUCUGCAUAAGAUGCUGGGCAAGGGAAGCUUUGGAAAGGUAUUCCUGGCUGAGCUGAAAGGCUCAGGGCAGUUUUUUGCAGUAAAGGCAUUGAAGAAGGAUGUAGUUCUGAUGGAUGAUGAUGUUGAAUGCACUAUGGUGGAGAGGAGGGUGCUGUCUCUGGCCUGGGAACACCCCUUCCUCACACACCUCUACUGUACCUUCCAGACCAAGGAGAAUCUCUUCUUCGUGAUGGAGUACUUAAACGGGGGCGACUUAAUGUUCCACAUCCAGACCUGCCACAGAUUUGACCUUCCGCGGUCCACGUUCUAUGCAGCUGAGAUCGUUUGUGGGCUGCAGUUUCUACAUUCUAAAGGCAUUGUGUACAGAGAUCUUAAGCUGGAUAACAUCUUGCUAGACAUCGACGGUCACAUCAAGAUCGCAGAUUUUGGCAUGUGUAAAGAGAACAUGUUUGGAGAAGCUAGAACGUGCACUUUCUGUGGAACCCCAGACUACAUCGCUCCUGAGAUUCUGCUUGGGCAGAAAUAUGGGACUUCUGUAGACUGGUGGUCAUUUGGUGUCCUUCUCUAUGAGAUGAUGAUUGGCCAGUCCCCAUUUCAUGGCCAGGACGAGGAAGAGUUGUUUCAGUCGAUUCGCACAGAUGACCCGUGUUACCCACGCUGGUUAACUAGAGACGCGAACGAUAUUCUUGUAAAGCUAUUUGUCCGGGAACCAGAGCGAAGGCUGGGUGUGAAAGGUAAUAUAAGGCAGCAUGCAUUCUUCAGAGACAUAGACUGGAACGCUCUUGAGAAACGGCAGGUGGAGCCGCCCUUCAGGCCAACUGUGAAAUCAGCAGGUGACUGUAGCAACUUCGAUAAGGAGUUCAUAAACGAGAAGCCACGACUUACCGUCACAGACCGUAUCAUCAUCAACAGCGUGGACCAGACCAUGUUCAACAACUUCUCCUUCAUCAACCCCGCCAUGGCCAAUCUCAAGAGCCCCUGACUCACACACAAACAAGACAUUUGUGCAAAUACUGUAAUACGGUACAAAACGAAUAGGCAAACACUCACCUGAACAUCAUGUCAGUAUCAAGUCAACCUCAUUUAAUGCUACGGUCAGUAAAAGACACAGUAGUGUCAAAUUAUAUCAUAUAAGUUGCAUAUUGUUAUCAUUAUAUUAUUUGGUGCCUCCUUGCUGCAACAAACACACAGAAAAGCAUUUGAACGAGCAAAAGAAGAAUGUGUUGGCUCAUUUGCUCCGUCACUGAAAAUAGUUCCUAACAAACUUGAAACAGGUGUCAAACACAAGUGGUUUUUCAAUCCUGACCCAAAUGAAUCAUUUUUGAAUGUUUUGAAGUUAAUGAGGCAAGAUUUGUCGCCUCCUACUGGUUCAGUGAUAUAACCCUACAGAAAAAUAUGUUAAGAAAUGUGGAAUUGAAAUCCUUUUACUUCGAAUGAACAAAUGAGCGAAAUGAAAAUGUCUGAAGUAUCCGCAGUGUGUUAACAAUGGAAACAGAGCAAUGUAGAGAUUAUUAAAUGUGAGAACUGAAUAAUUUUAAAUAGACUAUUAUUAUUAACCGAUUAAAAAUGAUUUUGCAGGCCAGUUUAGGGGAGAUAUACAUGUAUUUGACAUUGGCGAGGAAUUUGAUAUUUGAAUUUCAGCUUAAUGUACAAUGUACGUUUUGUAUUUUAUUUGUUUGAAAAGAGUUGUGAUAUCAAGAUACUUGUGUUUGCUUGUGAAUCAUGAAAGAUUAAUUCAUUUUGUUUUAUUAGUAGGAAUAUGCUUUGGUGUCCAAAUCUUUAAUCAUGUUUUAUUGAUUUAUUAUGUGUUCCGCACAAUGACUUCUAAAGGCCUUGUAUAGAGGUGUGUAUAGUGGCAAAAUAUAAGUUACUGCUCAGUAUGGUUCAGUUAUGUUCUCGGGUUGUACAAAGUUAUAAAUUAAUUCUUGGAAAUUAAUGUGAAGUGUUAGAACUCUCUCCCUCUCUCUCUCUCUCUCUCUCUCUCUCUCUCUCUCUCUCUCUCUAAAUAUAUAUAUAUAUAUAUAUAUAUAUAUAUAUAUAUAUAUAUAUAUAUAUAUAGGGAGGCAAGUUCUUUAUUACACAUUCAUGUUUUCUGUAUAGUCAGCAUUAUGAUUUCUUUUGAGACGUCUAAAUAUUAUUUCUUAGUAUUCCGAUCCCUUGUCAUUUUAUUAUAUGUAUGGUUAUUUUACAGUGCAUGAAAAAUUAAAACUAUAUUGAUGAAUAAAUUAAACUGUACUACAAUAAAGCUGUAAACACAAAGGCUUAUUUGU